GAUUCCGCCCUGCCACACGCGCAACACGCGCGGCCCGCGAGGUGUGCGCAGAGCCACACUUACAGCAGCCCAGAAAAGAAGAGAGCUUCGUUUUACUUGACACUUCUGAGUACCAGAUCGCAGGAACCAGAGGGAACUAUAGAAGCCUCUGUCCGGCCAGUUAACGUGUAUAAUCCAGGGAAAAUGUCGGCAAAACCAGCUCAGCUGAAGAAGAUGAACCUGAGCAAGCAGCCUCGGCUGCCGGGCCUCAAGACGCCUGGGUCUGCGACCACACCCACCCCAACGAAGCCCACAAACGGAGGAGAUCUAAUCAACUCUGCCUCUACUCCAACUCCCCCACCAGCUGCUUCCCAGCGAGCCCUCUCGAAUCCUGGCCUGGCUAUGGACGAACUAGUCAUCAAGGGAAAGAAGUACAGAUUUACUCCGGAUGAUCUGGAAGAACUGGGUCCACUGGGAGCUGGGAACUAUGGAACUGUGCUGAAGAUGAAUCACAAGGCGACGGGGACAGAGAUGGCCGUCAAGAAAAUCCCGGUCCCAGAGCUGCGUGUGAACCAAAAAGACAACAUUGUGGAGUUGGCAGUGGUCAUGGGAACUGGCACUUGUCCAGAUAUCGUUGAGUACUAUGGCUGUCUCAUCAGAGAGGGAGAUGUAUGGAUAUGCAUGGAGCUCCUGGACUCCAGCAUGGACAAGAUAUCCGACAGAGUAUACCAGCAACUUCAGUCCACCAUCCCCGAGGAGAUUCUUGGGAAGAUGACCGUCUCUGUUAUUCGGGCACUCAACUACCUCAAGACAGACAUGAAGAUCAUCCACAGAGAUGUCAAACCGUCCAACGUCCUUGUCAACUGCCUCGGGCAGUUCAAGUUGUGUGAUUUUGGUAUCGCCGGUCAACUUGUUGACUCCAUUGCCUUGACGAGGGACGUUGGCUGCCGGCCGUACAUGGCGCCUGAAAGGAUUGACCCCAGCACUGCCGGCAUUGGCUACACCAUCCAGUCCGACGUCUGGAGUUUUGGAAUCACACUGGUGGAGCUGGCUCUGGGCUCAUUCCCGUACGGGAAGUGGACGACGAUAUUUGAGCAGCUGAAUGCGGUGGUGAAUGGCCCCGCCCCCAACCUCCCGGAGAACGACAGAUACUCUCCCGAACUGAGGGAGUUUGGAGCUGCCUGUCUCAUGAAAACGGCCACAGAAAGACCAGACUACGAGAAGCUAAUGGAGUACGAGUUCUUCAAGAAGUACAUCACCGCAGAGGUUGGUGUGGCUACCUGGCUGAAAAACAUUGGCAUCAUCGAGUAGCCUAGCAGCGAGGGUGUGGCAUUUUAGGAGACAGUAAAAAAACUUCACAUGUGCACAUACAACACGGCAGGAGUCUAACUGUUGCAUCAUCGAAUGCCGAGUGUGCUAUUUUCCUCUCCUCUGCACCUCAAUUCACCUUUGUUCAUUUCAGCACGUUUUGUAAAAAAUAAUUGCACAAACACUUGAUUUAUUAUACUAACUGUGAUGUUUUGUUGUUUUUUCCUGAUAAACUGUUUAUUUCACACUUUCAAUAAAACCAGUCAAUGAACAUGGAAUAGAAACGGAAUAGAGACGAUAUGUUUUGACGGGGAGACCAUUUAUGGAGGUUAAAGGUCGAUUGGCCAGAAAGUCAUGAGAGGGAGAAAGAGUUGUUUGUUAGUUCUGUUCUCGCCAGCAGUUCCGCUCAUGGGAGGGGCUGGGCCUCCGAGAUAGGCCGGCAUUAUCUCCAAUCUGAUGACGUUAUCAAUGAGACCGUUGGAAUCUCCGUCCACCAUGACAGUGAGUGGCUCCUUCUUUGUCUCCAGAGUUAGGUGGUUAGUGUGGUAGUUGGUCUGCUCUGUCAGUCGAGACUGGAGGGAGGGGAGGCAGUGAAAGAGGGGUGGACGAAAGAGGGGUAGACAAAAGAGGGGUAGAGGGAAGAGGGGUAGAGGGAAGAGGGAAGAGGGGUGGACGAAAGAGGGGUAGA